AUUGCCAUUUCCUGUUGACUACGUCAAUUUUGAAAUUUGUUUUUUUUAACAACAAAAUCAGUAAAAAUUGUUUUGUUUUGAUCGAUCCGGAUUUACGGUGAAUAUUGAUUCGGUUUGAGUGUGAGUGUUUUUGUGGAAGGAAUUGAAAGAAUAAUGAACAUUUUGUGUUAUUAUAGAAUCGAAUAUUCGAAUAUCAUGUUGUUUGUGUGCCAUUGUUGUGUCUAUUAAACUAAUGUCGUCAUUGUCGCAAAAAAAUUAUCUUUAUCAACCAUUAAAUACGAAUAAUACAAUGAAUAAUGGUUCAUCAUCAUCAUCAUCAUCCCAUAAGAUAUCGAAAAAUUUUAUGAUUGCCCUAUUGAUGGGCAUGACAUUUGGUUUCAGUUUUGCCUACCUGUUGAUUAGUGUUGUUAAUUGGAAUUCACUGAAAGGAAUUAGUUUUCUACCAAAUAGACAAUCAGAAUUAGAUGAACAUUAUUAUAGUCAUGAUAAUUAUCAUCAUGAUUCUGAUUUAGAUCCACAUCAUCAUGGACAAUUAGAUUCGAUUAAGGGCCCUAAACUACCGGUAUCAUUUCAUGAUUUAGAGGAAAUAUUUCAUAAAGAUGAAGAUAUAGUUGCUCGUCAUUUAGCAAAAACCGUACGUGUUUUAUGUUGGGUGAUGACUGCACCGAAAAAUCAUCAAGCAAAAGCCAAACAUGUGAAAGAAACAUGGGGAAAACGUUGUAACAAAUUAAUAUUCAUUAGCUCAGAAGAAGAUAAAUCGUUACCUGCAAUUAAAUUAGAUGUUCCGGAAGGUAGAGAUCAUCUAUGGGCAAAAACAGUUGGCGGAUUUAAUUAUUCUUAUCAUCAUUAUCUAAAUGAUGCCGAUUGGUUUAUGAAAGCUGAUGAUGACACAUAUGUGAUUUUAGAAAAUCUUAGAUAUUUCCUUUCAACUCAUAAUCCUGCGGAACCUAUUUAUUUUGGUUGUAAAUUUAAACCAUUUGUUAGUCAAGGUUAUAUGAGUGGUGGCGCUGGUUAUGUUCUUAGUAAAGAAGCUUUGAAAAGAUUCGUCGAAAUUGGUUUGCCCAAGGAUCAUCCGGAUAAAUGUCCUGAUAAAGAAGAAGGUGGUGCUGAAGAUGUUGAUAUGGGCUCAUGUCUUGAAGCAUUAAAUGUAACGGCCGGUGAUUCAAGAGAUACAUUAGGUCGUGGUAGAUUCUUUCCAUUUGUACCAGAACAUCAUGUCGUACCCGGUCAUGUGGAUCGAAAUUUUUGGUAUUGGAAAUAUAUUUAUUACCCAUCACAAGAGGGCCUAGGAUGUUGCAGUGAUACAGCCAUAUCAUUUCAUUAUGUUAGUCCCAAUAUGAUGUAUGUUCUGGAAUAUUUAAUAUAUCAUCUUCGACCAUAUGGUAUUUCAAGUUAUGUUCGUCCGCAAGAUCAAAAAUUACUUGAAUAUCAUCAUCAACAACAAGAACCGCAAACACAAAUCAUUCCAAACGAAAAAAUCAUCAAAAGUAAAGAUGAUAAUAGUAUAAAUAUCAAAAGAAAUGAAAGUCUAAAAUUGACAAAUUGAAAUUUUUUUGAACAAAGAUCUCUUAUUACACCGAAUUCGAAUAGUGAAUCAGGAUAUUUCAAACUGUUGUGAAAAAAGUUUGAGAAAUGCUGCUUUCAUUAUCGUCGACAGA